AUGGAAAGCCGGAGGGCAGUGAAACCCCGUAAGAAAUCUGCCAUCCCAGGCGUGACCAUCAAGCAGUUUGUUGAAGUUAUUCCAAAAGGAUGUAGCACGCCUGACUUUGAGCGAAAACCCAUCACCCUAACAUUACAGGAAGGUAAAAAUGCCAUGUUCAGGGCUGUGGUUAAGGGUCAACCCCCACCGAAGGUGAUAUGGAAGCGGAGCAAAGAAGAAAUGAACAAUCCUGACAAAUACCAAAUGUCCUUCAAUGGCAUUACAAAUGAGUUCAUCCUGCAGAUAAACAAACUCACUGCAGAAGAUACUGAUUUGUACCAUUGCUCUGCUGUGAAUGAGUAUGGGGAAGCUGCAUGCACUGCUGGCCUCAAGGUCAUUCAAGUUAGUUUCAAGAAAACAGCAAAACCAUUCCCCACUGAGCCUCAGGAGGACCUGAAGAAAGAGUUGCAGGACUUCAGGAAAAUGUUAAGGAAGCGAACUCCACUACCUGCACAGAAGAAGGAAGUUGACAUGGAACAGGUCUGGCAGUUGCUGCUGAAUGCCGAUAGGAAGGAUUAUGAGAAAAUCUGUUUAAAGCAUGGGAUUGUUGACUUCCGUGGGAUGCUGAGGAAGCUUCAGCAGAUGAAGAAGGACAGAGAGGACAAGCAACAACAGUAUAUCUACAGUGUCACAAACCUCAAACACAUCAAGGUCAAUAAGGAGGGGAAUGCUACAUUCCAUCUAGAGAUGGACCUGAAAAAUCCUGAGAGCAGAAUUUACCUGUACAAGGAUGGCCAGCUGAUCAAUUAUGGAUUCAACGAUGACAAAGUAAAGCACUGUCUAAGGCAGGCAGGGAAAAAGUACAACUUCACCAUCAACCACCUGCAGCUGGAAGAUGCCGGCGUGUACCAGAUCAAAGUGGAGGAUGUGGAUGUCUUCUCAACUGAGUUAGAAACUGACUCCAUUCCUGUGGGAUUCCGACACUUGCUUAGUGAAGUGCACUGCCAUGAGCAAGGAAAUGCCAUCUUUGAAUGCAGCCUAUACAGCCCCUGCUAUGAUGCUGUGUGGCUGUAUAGAAAACAUCCCAUUGAGGAGAGUGACAAGUACAAAAUCUCCAUCUCUCCUGAUGGCCUGACCCACCAGCUGGUGAUUAAAAACACACAGCUCACUGACGAAGGGACUUACACCCUCGAUAUCAGAAUCUGCUCCUCUAGUGCAUGGCUUGAGGUGGAACCUGCCAGAGGAAAGAGCAGACAAACUGAAGGAGAUGGAACAGAUACAAAUGGAUGGCAGACAGAUAAGUCCAUAUUGCCAGAUGAAGAACGUGCCAAGGAACUUCUACAGGGAGAAGGCCUUGGGAAUCAAAAGCACCUUAAAAGCACCGGAACGGGCAAAGAUGGCCAGUAUGGAAAAUCACAUUGCCAUUUCGACAAAGGUUUGUCUGAUGUCAGUGCCCAGAAAGGGAAACCCGAUGUGCUGUCUUGCAGCCUCAGUAACGAUCAGGUGGAGGGAAUCUGGUUUAAAGAUGAAUUCAAGCAGCUAACAGGCCUGGAUGAAGUCUCUUCUGAAAAAUAUGGCCUGGUCCACAAACUGAUAGACACAGUAGAAGAUAGUCAUGCUGGAAAAUACAAGUUUGAAGCCGAAGGUGUCAAAACUGAAGCAUCUAUUUUGGUUGAAGAUCCUCCAAAUGUUGACAAGGCUCUUCUGGAAAAGCUGAUGAAGGAGCCUGUGAUAGUCAAGGCAGGGCAGAAUGCCAUGGUCAAAAUCCCAUUCGAGGGCCGGAAGCCAGUCAGAGCAACAUGGUUAAGGGACGGGGAUGAGCUCCUGAAUGAUGCCAGGAUCCAUAUCGACAAGGCGGACAACUUCACCCGGCUUUCCAUCUCCAGCACCAACAGGAAGGACUGUGGGGAUUACAAAGUGAAGCUGAAGAAUGACAGUGGAACCUUGGAGGCCAGCCUAAAGCUGGAGGUGAUAGAUAAGCCACAGAAACCCAUCGGACCCAUAGAGGUGGUGGAUAGUUCCACAACUGGCAUAACCAUUCAAUGGAAGCCCCCAAAGGAUGAUGGGGGCACACCAGUGCAGAACUACAUCAUAGAGAGGCAGCAGGUGGGCAGAAAAACCUGGGUAACAUUGGGAGAAACCAGCAGGAACAACAGCACUUUCACGACCAACAAAGUGGGGCAAGACAAAAGCUAUCGCUUCAGGGUGCGAGCAGUGAACGCUGAGGGAAAGAGCAAGGCGCUGGAAUCAGAUGAAGUGAUGGCUGCAACCAAAGCUUUCCCUGGCCCCCCUGCUCCUCCUCAGUUUGUCAGUGCCAACAAAGAGUCCAUAACACUCUCCUGGGCAGCACCUCCCAAAACGGGCAAUUCCAGAAUCCUGGGGUAUAUCGUUGAGAAACGCAAGAAAGGCAGCAACAUCUGGACACCUAUCACUGACCUGCCAAUAACAGACAGGAAGUGGAUGGUGACAGAUCUGAAGGAGGGACUGCAGUAUGAAUUCCGCGUGGCUGCUGUCAAUGCCGCAGGGGCAGGCGAGGCCAGUGCACCAUCAGAUGCUGUCUUUGCUCGAGAUCCCAUGAAGCCUCCUGGUAGAGUGAGGGACCUUAAGGUGACCAAUACUGACUACACCAGCAUCACUCUGUUUUGGAUGAAACCUGAUUCAAAGGAAGGGGGGUCUGCCAAGGGCUACAAGGUGGAGAAGCGAUCCUCUGACAGCCUCAAGUGGACCCAUUGUAACACUGUCCCCAUAGGCUUGACAACCUGUACAGUUAAAGGUCUGCAAGCCAGAGAGAUGUACUUCCUCCGCGUGAGGGCCAUCAAUGAGGGAGGCCUAGGGGAAGCCGUAGCACUGGACACUUGCAUCCAGGCCGCGCCUCCCAUUGUUAGUCCCAAGUUCCUAAGAGAUGACACUAUGAAAAACUUUAUGAUUAUAAAAGCGGGAAGUUGUAUCCGAAUGCACAUGCCCUUUGAAGCAUCCCCAACUCCAGAGGUGAUUUGGCUAAAGGAUGGGCUUCCUCUACCCAGCAGGGCCAUAGUGAGCACCAGAGAUGGCCUCAGCCAACUCUUGAUUCCAUCAGCUGAGUUUUCUGACAGUGGGCUCUAUACCAUCAUACUUCAAAACCACUGGGGGAAAAAAGAAUCCUUCAGCUUCCAAGUGCAAGUUGCAGAUAUCCCACAGUCCCCCGGCCCUAUUCUUCUGCAAGAGAAAGUCCUUAAUACGGUGACAGUGAUCUGGGAGCCCUCGCCGACAGAGAAGUGGGAAAGUAACCUGUACUAUGUGGUCAUGAAAUGUGACUCCAACAAGGGCUCAUGGCAAGUGGUGGGUGACCUGAUCUACACCAACAAGUUUACCAUCACCAAACUUAUCCCUGGCCGGGGGUAUUACUUUAGAGUUGUGGCCAAAAAUUACAUGGGAACCAGUGAUCCAUCUGAAACUGCGCAGCCCUGGAUCAUGCAAAAGGAAAAGGAUGAGUUUAAAGUCAGACUACCCAAAUACAGGAGGGUGAAUCAAAAUAUGCCCCCAAGAUUCCUCGUCCAAUUGAAGCCCCACGUAGUGACCACAGCAUAUGAUUGUCACAUGAGCUGUGCAGUGAGUGGCUACCCAAAACCUAAGAUCACCUGGUACAAGGAUGGCAGGAAUCUCUCAGAAGACCCCACCUUCUUCAGCACAAAUGACUUUGGUAGAUGA